AUGGCUUUGGAACUAAGGACUACAAGUGACUUACUGGACCAACAUGUGUUAGGUGGAUUAUUGGGGGACAGGGUAGAGGACCUAAAUAUUCAGGGGGACAGGGUAGAGGACCUAAAUAUUCAGGGGGACAGGGUAGAGGACCUAAAUAUUCAGGGGGACAGGAUUGAGGAGCUAAAUAUUCAGGGGGACAGGAUUGAGGAGCUAAAUAUUCAGGGGGACAGGGUAGAGGACCUAAAUAUUCAGGGGGACAGGGUAGAGGACCUAAAUAUUCAGGGGGACAGGAUUGAGGAGCUAAAUAUUCAGGGGGACAGGAUUGAGGAGCUAAAUAUUCAGGGGGACAGGAUUGAAGAGCUAAAUAUUCAGGGGGACAGGGUAGAGGAGCUAAAUAUUCAGGGGGACAGGAUUGAGGAGCUAAAUAUUCAGGGGGACAGGGUAGAGGAGCUAAAUAUUCAGGGGGACAGGGUAGAGGAGCUAAAUAUUCAGGGGGACAGGAUUGAGGAGCUGAAUAUUCAGGGGGACAGGAUUGAGGAGCUAAAUAUUCAGGGGGACAGGGUAGAGGAGCUAAAUAUUCAGGGGGACAGGGUAGAGGACCUAAAUAUUCAGGGGGACAGGAUUGAGGACCUAAAUAUUCAGGGGGACAGGGUAGAGGACCUAAAUAUUCAGGGGGACAGGGGGGACAGGGUAGAGGAGCUAAAUAUUCAGGGGGACAGGGUAGAGGAGCUAAAUAUUAUGGGGGAAAGGGUAGAGGAGCUAAAUAUGCAGGGGGACAGGAUUGAGGAGCUAAAUAUUCAGGGGGACAGGGUAGAGGAGCCAAAUAUUCAGGGGGACAGGGUAGAGGAGCUAAAUAUUCAGGGGGACAGGGUAGAGGACCUAAAUAUUCAGGGGGACAGGAUUGAGGAGCUAAAUAUUCAGGGGGACAGGAUUGAGGACCUAAAUAUUCAGGGGGACAGGGUAGAGGACCUAAAUAUUCAGGGGGACAGGGUAGAGGAGCUAAAUAUUCAGGGGGACAGGAUUGAGGAGCUAAAUAUUCAGGGGGACAGGAUUGAGGAGCUAAAUAUUCAGGGGGACAGGAUUGAGGACCUAAAUAUUCAGGGGGACAGGGUACAGGACCUAAAUAUUCAGGGGGACAGGGGGGACAGGGUAGAAGAGCUAAAUAUUCAGGGGGACAGGGUAGAGGAGCUAAAUAUUCAGGGGGACAGGAUUGAGGAGCUAAAUAUUCAGGGGGAAAGGGUUGAGGACCUAAAUGGUCAGGGGGACAGGAUUGAGGACCUAAAUGGUCAGGGGGACAGGAUUGAGGAGCUAAAUAUUCAGGGGGACAGGAUUGAGGACCUAAAUGGUCAGGUGGACAGGAUUGAUGACCUAAAUGGUCAGGGGGACAGGAUUGAGGAGCUAAAUAUUCAGGGGGACAGGAUUGAGGACCUAAAUGGUCAGGGGGACAGGAUUGAGGAGCUAAAUAUUCAGGGGGACAGGAUUGAGGACCUAAAUAUUCAGGGGGACAGGAUUGAGGACCUAAAUAUUCAGGGGGACAGGAUUGAGGACCUAAAUAUUCAGGGGGACAGGAUUGAGGAGCUAAAUAUUCAGGGGGACAGGAUUGAGGACCUAAAUAUUCAGGGGGACAGGGUAGAGGACCUAAAUAUUCAGGGUGACAGGAUAGAGGACCUAAAUGAUAAGGGGGACAUGAUAGGGGACCUAAAUGGUCAGGAUGACAGGAUAGAGGACUUAAAUGGUUAA